CAGAAAACAAAACAAUAUCAUAUCAAAAUCACAGAGAACAUGGGAAAUCCUUCAACCUUCUUAGUCCAAACUUCUCCCACAAGAGGAAGAAAAUCUUUGUGAUCCGCCCACAUAUUGAAGAACUGGAAAGGAGUCUUCCUCGUGAUUUCAUUGGCACCACAAUACACAAUGCAAGAACUAUGGUCUGAAAUUGACGGAGGCUGAAAUAAAGCAUUUGAAUCGACAAAGUUCCUUAUCCAAGCAUCAUUGAUGAGAGCCCUGUCAAGUAUGCAAAGGAUUCUUCUCUCCCCAUUGGUUUUAUUGCUCCAGGUGAAGAAGCUACCCCCAUACCUUAAAUCUUCUAAGCCUCCAUCGUUGCACAUAUCAUUGAAUUCCAUACUCAUGUUAUCAAGAAAGUCACCAUCAAGUUUUUCCUCAGGUCUUCUCACCACAUCUUACGCCAACUAACCGACCGACCUGCAACCCAUGGCUAUGGUUAUUGACUCUAAUCUCGAAUCUGUCUUCCCGUACUGGGCUUCUGUUCGACGUCGUUUCGGUCCCCAUUCUCCCUUCUUCGCUUCUGGCAACAUCGAGCGCGAACUUCUCGCCAAACAGGUAGCGUUUGAUUUAAAUGAUGAUGAAAGGUGCCAACUUGAGAAUAUGGUUACUGAGUAUGGAAGGGGAGUUUGUUGCCCAAUUGUGGGUUGUAAUGCAAGCUUGACUUCUUUGGAGCAGUUUGAAGAUCAUUACAACGCAAGACAUACUGCAUCUUGUUCAGUGUGCUCUAGGGUUUGCCCUACGUCUCGCCUGCUCAGCAUGCAUGCAUCUGAAGCUCAUGAUUCUUUCUUUCAGGCUAAACUUGCGCACGGCUAUGCUGUGUAUGAAUGUCUGGUUGAAGGUUGUGGGUUGAAGUUCAAGAGCCAUAAAGCUAGGCAACGGCAUUUGGUAGACAAGCAUGAGUUCCCCACUUCAUUUGAGUUCUUUAAAAAGUCACACCCAUCUAAGAAACAGAGGCAAAAGAACCAAUGUAAACAAACUGUACAGAACAAGGAAACUAUGGAAGUGGAAAAUGAAACCAUUGAUGGCCUUGUUUCAGCAGUCUUAAAAUUGAGCACUUCAGACUCCUCUCCUUUGUCUGUCAACUUUGGUCGCCGCCACGCUCAAGGAUUGAUUUUUGUGCCUCAAACUGUACAUUGCGAAAGAAGGGCAGCAGACUCUACUCCAGCUGAAACAAAAAGAUAGCCAACAUACUCUGAUCGAAUCCACAUCCCAACUAACACCUUGCCAUUUCCCUGCAGUUUUGCCCUCAUCUUCAGCAAACAUUGAAGCAGAUUACAAGUUGCUGAAGGAUAUAUUAAGCCAGGCAUUGUUUUGAGAAUUUCAAUCGUGAUCUAUAUUUUAACCAGUUGGUGUAUUUCCUAGGACCUGACAACUUUAUUUUCCUACUUCUGAAAGAAAUAUUGAUUUAUAGUACCUGUGAUUAGAAAAAAUAUUAUCUUGUAACACAAUCGAUGACAGAGGAUCAUUUGAAUACUUUUACUGUUUGUAUGAAACUGUUGAGGAAGAAAUUUUGAUCUGGCAUUGGUGUUGGUUCUGUUGUAUUUUAUAAUGAAAUCAUGCAUA